AUGAGCCCGUGCAGGGCAAUUGUCGGCAUCCUCGUCCUUGCAAUCUUCUUACAAGGCUUCCCCCUAGCGCUUCUCUCUCGGCUCGCUGGCCCCGAACCAAGCUCCUGCGAGGCCAUUGUUGUGUUGGGUUAUGCCAUUGAGUGGAACACUGGGCUCGUUCCCGAGGGCGGCUUGCUGUCUCAGCGCUUGGCCCUGGCACUCAAAGCUUUGGCUUCGGGCAAUACCCGUACGCUGGUUCUGUCAGGAGGAAUCGCUGAGGACGUCGUGUCGCAGGUCUCCGAGGCGGCAGCGAUGAAGCGCUGGCUCGAGGAACGCAGUGUGCUGAGGGCGGAGGUCCUGCUCGAAGAAGUGUCCGUCUCCACACGGACCAAUGCGCUUUACUCCCUGGAGCGUCUCCUGGAAGCAAAGGAAGGAGCUCUUCCUAACUCGAUCUGCCUAGCAACCAAUUCUUUCCAUCGAUUUCGUGCCCGUCGGAUCUUCGAACGAGCCCUGCGGAUGAAGGCGGAUGCUGCUGCAGUUCAGAUCUUUGCGCUGCAGGAUGCGACCCCCAAGACGGUGUGGUCUGCUUUCUUUGGUUCUAAUGUUGAAGUUGAAGAAGCCGUGCAGGCAAGACGCGAGCUCCUCGCCAUCGCCUACUACUUCAUUCGGGGCUGGCUCUGA